AUGGCUAGUACUUACUUGCAUCUCAAAAAAAGAAUUGCGGAGAAAAUAUGUCUCGGACAUAAUAUGGUUGUGUCUGAAAUUAUGUGUCGGAAUCCCAUGUUUGUUGGAGCUACCGCAAUCCACUACCAGGCGUUAAGAAUAACUGAUAACGACGAUGUCGAGUUUAUGUUUAACGUACAUAAAAGUCAUAGUUCGUUGUCCUACAUAGAGCUUUAUGUUACGUUUGAGAUGAAGAAUCCAACAUCUAAUUUUGAGUUAAAUUACCCCUCAAGUUCUAGUCAACACCAAAAUCUACCACAACAACAAUAUAACACACAACACUGCAAUCCCUCAUCGUCAUUGUCCCAACCGCACUACAACCCGUCAUCGCAACCGUUUCAAUCACAGUGGUCACAAAAUGUGUACGAACCACCACAACUAAUAACUCAACCUCAUCCCUCUCAACCCGAAACUUUGAACGAUGAAAUCAAUAUAUUCACCUCCCAAUUCCAAGACCAACCAACUGAUGAAGUUCAAGAUGAUGAAGACAAUGAUGAUGAAGAACUCCUUGCCGCACAAAACGGUGACGAGAACGAAGAAGACGAUGAAGACGAUCUGCCACAACUACCAAUUUUACCAAUUAGAGCUUCUUACAACCCACCAAGGUCCAUGCGCAACGUCAACGAUGACCACUCAACUGAACUUUACCAUUCAAUGGCUCUUCCGGUCGAUCAAGGUAUUGCCCCAGGGAUGCAAUUUCAUAACAAGAAUGAUUGCAUUCUCGCAAUUAAAUAUUAUCACAUGAAAAAAUCAACCGAUUAUAUUGUGAAAAAAUCAGAUCCUGAAAGGUAUGUCAUCAAAUGUAAAGAUACAAAAUGUGGUUUCAAAUUGCGGGCCUCGUGGAGGAAAAAAACUGAUAAAUGGGAGAUUGGGAACAUGAAUGAUCAUACAUGUGUCUCAACAGAAAUGACACAAGAUCAUCACAAACUUAGUUACAAUGUGAUAUGUGAAAGUGUUAAAUCACUACUAUAUAUGGAUGCCUCAAUUACAGUGAAGGUUAUAAUUGCACACAUCCGAGAGAAAUUUAAUUACACAGUUUCAUACAGAAAGGCAUGGAGAGCAAGGAAUAAGGCGAUUGAAUCAAUUUAUGGUAAUUGGGAGGAGUCUUAUGAAGAACUACCACAGUGGUUGAUGGUCAUGGAAAAAGAUUUGCCAGGAACAAUAAUUGAUUUUCAAUCAGACCCAUCAACAGAAGUGGCAAAUGAGACCGUCUUCAAGCGUCUCUUUUGGGCCUUUCGUCCGUGCAUCUCAGGUUUCGAAUUCUGCAAACCAAUUGUCCAAAUUGACGCAACUUGGUUGUAUGGUAAAUACAAGGGAACAUUGUUGUUAGCUGUUGCGCAAGAUGGGAACAACAAGAUAUUUCCCAUAGCUUUUGCAAUCGUGGAAGGCGAGACCAAGGAGGCAUGGAGUUUCUUUUUGAAAAAUUUAAGGCAGCAUGUCACCCCACAAGAGAACAUAUGCCUCAUUUCUGAUAGACAUGUGUCGAUAAAGAGCGCGUAUGAUGAUCCACAGAAUGGAUGGCACGAUGCUCCGACAAGCCAUGUUUAUUGUGUCCGACACAUUGCACAAAACUUUAUGAGAUCAUUCAAGGAUGGAGAACUAAAGAAGAAAGUUGAAUGCAUGGGUUACGCCAUGAACAUCCCUACAUUCGAAUACUACCGUUCUGAAAUUGCUGUUGCAGACCGAAAGGCUUUAGCAUGGGUCGACAAUAUUCCCAAACAAAAGUGGACUCAAUCACAUGAUGAUGGUCGACGAUGGGGCCAUAUGACAAGUAACUUGGUAGAGUCACAAAACAACGUGUAUAAGGGUAUUCGAGGACUUCCGAUCACAGCUAUCGUGAAAGCAUCAUAUUACAGGUUGGCGGCCUUGUUUGCUAAAAGAGGACAUGAGGCAGCGGCAAGGGUAAAUUCUGGUGAGCCAUUCUCCGAAAACAGCAUGAAAUAUCUCAGGAAUGAGGUGAUUAAAUCCAACAGUCAUCAUGUCACUCAGUUUGACCGGGAUCGAUAUACCUUUUCCGUCCGUGAAACCAUCGAUCAUAAAGAAGGAUUGCCAAAGGGAGAAUACAAAGUGGACCUGCAAAAUAAAUGGUGUGACUGUGGACGGUUUAGAGCGUUACACCUACCAUGCUCACAUGUCAUUGCCGCAUGUUCUAGCUUUUGUCACGACUACAAGACUUUUGUCGAUAACAAAUUCACGAAUGAGUGUGUAUACGCCGUAUACAACAUCCACUUCGACGUGGUUCACCACCAGACAUAUUGGCCUAAUUAUGAAGGACCGAAGGUGGUUCCCAACAAGUCAAUGCGUAGGGCAAAGAAAGGUCGUCCACCAAUUACUCGCAUUAGGACCGAGAUGGACGAUGUGGAAACUGAGAGAAGAUGCGGUGUUUGUAGGAUGCCUGGUCAUUCCCGCAAAGAUUGCAUUAAUAUUAGACAUCAGUAG